AUGGCAGCACUCGUAACUUACGACUCAUCGUCGUCGGGUGACGAAAGUCCUAGUCUAAAAGAUGACAUAAAAGCUCCGCCUGUAAAAAUACUCCAAAGUCAGUUGAUACCAAGUGUUAAUGUCGCGCCCACGGUUGAACAUAAGGAUGAGCUUCUCUCUCUUAUACCAGUGGAUCCGAGAACUAGGGAAUUGUCGCACAAUCCGACUUAUGAACAAAUGUACGCACCAACAUUCGGUCCAAUAAAUCCGUUCAAAUCAGAGAAGCAACUUGCUCCGAAAAAUACACUUACUGGGUUAGUGGAAGAGGCUCAUGUCAAUCCGUUUAUAUUUGAAACACAACAUCGCACAUUCAUGAGCUAUGGUUACGCACAAGAUCCCUCUGUUGAAGGAGGUGGAGAAAGACGAUUAGUCGGAGAGAUGGAGAAUGCCGAGCUAAAUGAGGGAAAAACUGUUUUUGAAAAAACAGCAAAACGUAAAGGUGAUCUACGCAAACGAGAUAGUAACUGGGACCCCACAAGUGAGGACUAUACGGGACCUUGGGCGAAAUAUAAAGAUGAAGUGACCGUUUCUGUCCCGUCCGAAGAAGACCGAGUCUAUUUGGAAGCAUACUUAGCCAAAAAGGCCACGAAACGCCGUUGUGUCGAGGAGGCUCCGGUUGAGGAGAAGUCCACUCUGCACAUCCCAUCGGCGGUGGAUUACCAGGGUCGCAGUUUCUUGCAUGCCCCUCACGACAUACCAAAUGUGAACCUCCGGUCUACCGAACCGGUGGAUCGUUGUUUUUUGCCGAAAAAGCUUAUGCACGAAUGGAAUAGCGCGCACGCUCGUGGAGUAGCCGCGAUCCGACUGUUCCCGAAAACCGGACACCUAUUGCUUUCGGCCGGUAUGGAUAGUAAAGUAAAGCUGUGGGAAUUAUACAAAGAACGUAGAUUAAUUCGGAGCUAUAUGGGACAUCGACAAGCCGUUCGUGACAUCGAUUUUGACAAUACCGGAGAACAUUUCCUCAGUGCUUCCUAUGAUCGAAUUAAUCCUCUCACUUUAUUUCUUCUACCCCAUCAUUUAUGCUGUGGAUCCACACAGUAUGAUACACGCAGUGGUGAGGUUGUGCAGCAGUACGAUCGUCAUUUGGGCGCAGUGAACGCUGUCGCUUUUGUGGACAACAAUCGUCGUUUUGUUUCCACGUCUGAUGACAAAUCUCUCCGUGUGUGGGAAUGGGAUAUUCCCGUGGACUUCAAAUACUUGGCGGACCCGUCAUUGCAUUCCAUGCCUGCGGUAUCAGUUUCGCCGAACGGAAAAUAUUUGAUUUGCCAGUCUCUCGACAAUCAGUUGGUCGUAUUCAACAUCUUUGCUGGUUUCAAACGCAUGCGGAAAAAGAUAUUCCGUGGUCAUAUGGUUUCCGGGUACGCAUGUACGGUGGAUAUGUCACCUGACCAACGUUAUAUUAUUUCUGGAGAUGGAGAUGGCAAUCUGUGUUUGUGGGAAUGGAAAUCCACUCGCUUGUUGACAAAAUGGAAGGCUCAUGAAGGAGUGUGUAUCAACUGUGCUUGGCUGCCGCAUGAAACUUCAAAGGUAGUGACAGCUGGUUGGGACGGAAAUAUCAAGCUGUGGGAUUAA